AUGCACUUUCAAGUAAAACAUCUACUGCGCCUGAAUCGCUGCGUGUCCGUUCAGCGCAAGAGGACACUCGGGAAGACACUGUGGGCUGUGUCCGCAGCAAAACAACGUGGCGUAACACAAGCAGGAGCGCAUGCAUCUGCAGACAUCGAGAAGUAUUUCGCCCUCCAGUGCAGCAGAAGCUAUGCAUCUGACACGGCGUACAACCGAGCCUUCGCCACAGCCAGGGACAAGCCCGAGGCAUUCUGGGGUGAGGUGGGACAGGAUAUAAACUGGUUUGAGCCGUGGAGUAAAACUUUGCACGUUGAGGAUCCAGUGUUUCCAAACUGGUUUGUUGGAGGGAAGUUGAACAUGUGCUACAAUGCUGUGGAUCGUCAUGUAGAGAGCGGCCGUGGAGAGCAGCCUGCCAUCAUUUAUGACAGCCCAGUGACUGGAACUAAACAGAUCAUCACUUUCAGGGAACUUCAGGACCAGGUGUCCAGGUUAGCAGGCGUCUUAGCGAAGUAUGGGGUACAGAAAGGAGACCUGGUAGUCAUUUACAUGCCUAUGGUGCCACAAGCCAUGUUCACCAUGUUGGCCUGUGCCCGGAUCGGUGCCACCCACAGCCUUAUCUUUGGCGGCUUCGCUUCCAAAGAGCUUUCUGUCCGCAUUGAUCAUGCCAAGCCCAAGCUGUUGGUUACGGCCUCAUUUGGUAUCGAGCCAGGCAGAAGAGUGGAGUACAUCCCUCUGGUGAAGAAGGCCUUGGAGCUGAGCUCUUACAGGCCCUCUAAAGUCCUCAUCUACAACAGGCCUAACAUGGAAAAAGUACCAAUGGGUCCGGAGUUGGGUCUGGACUGGGAGGAAGAGAUGGCCACAGCUCGGCCGCAUGACUGUGUUUCUGUUCCCUCCAACCACCCUCUCUAUGUCCUCUAUACAUCCGGGACCACUGGAACACCAAAGGGUGUUGUGCGAGACACUGCAGGCUAUGCUGUGAUGCUGAAAUGGACCAUGUCAAAUAUUUAUGGGCUCAGUCCUGGAGAUGUUUGGUGGGCAGCGUCAGACCUGGGCUGGGUGGUUGGCCAUUCAUACAUCUGCUAUGGUCCUCUGCUCCAUGGUAACAGCACUAUUCUCUAUGAGGGUAAACCUGUGGGGACUCCAGACCCUGGGGUGUUCUUCCGUGUCCUAUCUGAACACGGCACCACCUCCUUGUUCACAGCACCCACCGCCAUCAGAGCCAUUCGCCAGCAGGACCCCCAUGCUGCAAUUGGGAAAAAAUACCCCCUGUCCAGGUUGCGGUCGUUAUUUGUGGCAGGAGAGCGAUGUGAUGUGGAGACGCUGGAAUGGGCAAAGAGGAGCUUUGGGGUUCCUGUCCUGGAUCACUGGUGGCAGACUGAAACUGGCUCACCCAUCACCUCCUCCUGUAUUGGUCUGGGGAACUCACUCACGCCACCUGCAGGUCAGGCUGGCAAACCUGUUCCAGGUUAUAACGUCUCAGUGAUCGAUGAUGACAUGAAGGAGGUGAAGCCAAGAACCCUGGGAAAUAUUGUGGUGAGACUACCUUUACCACCUGGUGCAGCUUUGUCACUGUGGCAGAACCACAAUCUGUUCAAUGAUCUCUACUUCACCAAGUUCCCAGGUUACUAUGACACUAUGGAUGCAGGUUUUGUGGAUGACAAAGGUUUCCUUUACAUCAUGUCCCGGUCUGAUGAUGUCAUCAACGUGGCAGGCCACAGGCUGUCAGCUGGAGCAUUGGAGGAGUCAGUGCUGCUGCACCCUGCAGUGGGAGACUGUGCUGUGGUGGGUCUAGAAGACACUCUGAAGGGUCUUGUUCCAUUAGCCCUGUGUGUACUCAAGAAUGGUGUGCAGAAAAAUGAAGAAGAGAUCAUAAAUGAGAUGGUGAAGCUUGUAAGAGACACCAUCGGACCCGUGGCUGCCUUUAGGAAAGUGAUUUUUGUCCGAGGAUUGCCGAAGACUCGCUCUGGCAAAAUCCCUCGCUCCUCUUUAGCCAACCUGGUCAACGGCAAGCCCUACAAGAUCACUCCAACUAUCGAGGACCCAGAAGUCUUCAAAGACAUCGAAAGGCAGGUAGAAAAAGCUCUGAGAACUCGCUGAGCCUGAACUUACCUGUUAGAUGAGUAAGAAAACUUUUGUCUCUAACUUUUAAACUACAUUUUGGCAACAUAAACUCACUCACUCUAGGUGCUGUAAAUGUAAAUUAAAAUGUGUGAUUCUUCUUAAAAGUCAAAUUGAAGGUAGACAUUGAUGUCAGUAAGUUUUACAGGGCUAAUGUUUCCAUUUGUAUGUAACCUGAAACUAUACUGCACUUUCAUAAUUAAUGAGCAGAGGCAAGGUAUGGCUACUGUAAGUAUAAAAUAAUGCCCUUGAGCCAUAAACAUGUUGAAUGGAGAAAUAAUGAAGAAAACUCAUUCACUGACAGUAGUUUUUUUUUUUAUUGACAAUGAAAAUUUGCUUGCUCACCACUUAGUUUUGACCGAAGUACAAGAAGUAAUAAAUAAAAAAAAAAAAUGGACACAAAAUAAAAUGAUUCAUUGUUCGUGCAAAUUGAAGUUGUAAAAACAAAUUAAAAGUGUAAGACUUGAGUCGUCCAUCAGAAAUAAGUAAAAGACAGAUAACAGGGCUGUACAAUAGGUUACCCUGGAAACUCUGACAGAAACAAAGAGUUAACAGUUACACUAAUGUAAGUCACAGCAAGCAACAGGUUUGUCAUUAAAUAUCACCUCACUUCAACAUACACUCUACGCACACUAUGAGCUAAAGCAGUCUGUCUUUUAGUUAUUUCCUUUGUUUUGUUAAAGUAGUGUCUGAGGGGUGGGGGAGAAGGCCAGCUUGGCUGAGUGUGUAGUUGUCCUUUGUGUUAAUGUAUCGCCUGACAAAAACAUACAGUACAACAAGUGACAGGUUCUAUGAAUGACGUCCUGCUUUUUUGUUCUCUGAGAAGAGGUUUUGUGCAACUUCGGAGAGCAAUGGCGUCUCUUGUUUUGUCCUUGGCUACUAAAUAGUCUGUUGAGUUGAUGCGGUUGUAUCAAAGUGCUUGUCAUGUCGUUCCAGUGCAUCGACAUGUCCUCUUAAAAUGCUCCUUUAUGACAGCGAGUCCAUAAGAAAGGAAGUUUGUUGGUGCCAGAAAUGGGGCUCACGGUGGUUUUUGUACACCACUAGAGGGCAGGUUUUCACACCACAUCCAGUCUCUUUCUCUCUGUAUGGUGCAGCACAGGUUCAUCGUCAUCAUUAGCACAA